GCAGGCAGAGAGCAAGAGAGGCACAGAGUCCGGCAUUGGUCCCGAGGCAGCCAGUUAGCCCGCCGCCUGUCUGUCUGUCCCCAGAGCCAUGCAGAGAGCCAGUCUGAUCCAGAAGGCCAAGUUGGCAGAGCAGGCCGAACGCUAUGAGGACAUGGCAGCCUUCAUGAAGAGCGCCGUGGAAAAGGGUGAGGAGCUAUCCUGCGAAGAGCGAAACCUGCUCUCAGUGGCCUACAAGAAUGUGGUGGGUGGCCAGAGGGCUGCCUGGAGAGUCCUGUCCAGUAUCGAGCAGAAAGGCAAUGAGGAGGGCUCGGAAGAGAAGGGCCCGGAGGUGCGAGAGUACCGGGAGAAGGUGGAGACCGAGCUCCGGGGCGUGUGUGACACCGUGCUGAGCCUGCUGGACACCCACCUCAUCAAGAAGGCCGGUGAUGCUGAAAGCCGGGUCUUCUACCUGAAAAUGAAGGGCGACUACUACCGCUACCUGGCCGAGGUGGCCACCGGUGACAACAAGAAGCGCAUCAUUGACUCAGCCCGGUCGGCCUACCAGGAGGCCAUGGACAUCAGCAAGAAGGAGAUGCCGCCCACCAACCCCAUCCGUCUGGGCCUGGCCCUGAACUUUUCUGUCUUCCACUACGAGAUCGCCAACAGCCCUGAGGAGGCCAUCUCACUGGCCAAGACCACCUUCGACGAGGCCAUGGCUGACCUGCACACCCUCAGCGAGGACUCCUACAAAGACAGCACCCUCAUCAUGCAGCUGCUGCGAGACAACCUGACACUGUGGACGGCCGACAACGCUGGGGAAGAGGGCGGCGAGGCUCCCGAGGAGCCCCAGAGCUGAGCCAAGCCUGCAACCCUCCCGGCCCUGCCCUGCCCUCUCCAGUCCCCCACCCCCCUGCAGAGAGGACUAGUAUGGGGUGGGAGGCCCAACCCUUCUCCCCAAAUGCUCUGCUCCAGCUCAGAAAGGCUCCAUAGAGAGGGCUCAGCAGAGCUGAGGUCACCUGGAGCCAGAGGACCCCACUCUUCUUGCAGCUGUGGGGUGCUCCUAACCACUGGGCAUCCCACCCACCUCUGCUCUCUGCACCCCCUUCCUCGAGACCUCCACCCGUGAACCGGGCCACUUCUUCCCGCCUCUUGACUCCCUCCUGCUCCUGCCGCGUCUGGAUCUUAGGAAUUGAGGAGUGUCCCACCCUUGUGGCUGAGAACUGGACUGUGUGGCAGAGGCUGGACAUGGGUGUGUGCGUGUGUGACUGUGUGUGAGAGCGAGACUGAGAAUGAGAGGGAAAGCAUGUCUGCUGGGUAUGACCAUGUUUCCUUUCAAUAAAGUUCCCCUGUGACACUC